CUUUAUUUAGGUUUGUGUCUAGGGUGCCGCUGAGGUAGCAAAAAGGCACUGAACGAGCAUCGAGUUUCAAUGCACGGACAUUUUAGCAAAGCAUGGUCGUGAGUAUGCUUUCGAUGUCGGUCGUCUAAAGAUGCUCGUGCAUCGAAAAUGAAAAGUCGGAAAAUCGCAUUUUCGCAACUUUCCGGCGAUGGGUAUGUGUUUGUUUGUGCUUAUACUACCAUAAAAUAUCAAUCCAAACCAUUUUGCGAUUUAACCUGAUUGAUAAAAAUGAGUUUUCGGCAAAAUAUGACCACGAGCAUCGAAAGCCGCUUUCGAUGUCGGUCAUCGAAAAAUCCAUGAAAAUCCACCCUUACAACAAACAUUUGAAGCGAAACUUGUUUGCCCGCCCUCGUGUGUCCUCCACGUGUCUCACCUGGCCGGUCGGUCCGUGGAGCUGGAGGGCGAUCAUCAUCAUCGUCGGUCGUCAUUGGGCUCGUCGAGAAUUGCUGGGGUGCUUCGAUUUUGUGUGCUUUUCAGCGUCAAACGCCACAACCCACCCCGCGAUAGACCGAAAGAAGAUCGCCCCUUGAUGACGCAGCCUUCGACGUCGUCUCCGCUGUAGGACGUCACGAGACCUCGACGACCUUCCCGCAGCCAAAGGAAGAAGGGAGAAGAAGAAGAAACAGAAGACAGUGCGUCGCGACGACCCCGAAGAGUUCAGGGUAAAAUGUUUCAACGAUGUGGCUUGGUUGGUUCGACGGGCAAAAGCACCGGCACCAGUUGUGUAUGUUAAACGACGACGACGACGGUGGGCUCCAGUUCCUCUGAGUGUUGUUUCGCUUGGGCUUGGGUGAAUCUACGAGGACAGGUCAUGCCAGCGCUGCGUUUGUUCGGCCGGAAAUGGUUAGCCGCGUCGGACGACCUUGUGUUUCCGUGCCUGUUCGAGAUCGUGUUCCGUAUCGUAUGGCUCGGGCUGAUAUCAUGCGUAACGUCGACGUACUGGAGCGUGACCGCGGAGUGCGAUGAGCAGGCCGGGCUGGCCGUGCGGAUCUACCUGGCCGGCACCCUAGUGUUAAUUAGUGUUAAUAUGGUUCUACUCGUACUGCUGGUGAACCGCAGCGCCCAAGGUUGCAUUACCGAGGUGCAGAAACGCACCCUGGUGGCGCCCCUGCUGGUGGUUAAAAUUUUGUUAAUUUUGCCAGAAACCGGACUGAACGUCUUCGGCACCAUGUGGGCCUUCUGCGGAACCAUCGAGUGUAAGAGUGAAGACAAAAUCUCUCAAACUGUGAUUGAAGCAAUCGUACUAUUCAACUGGGUAGUGUUUGCGCUUAUUAUCUUCGGAUUAGCGAUAGUGUUUGAUCCGCUCGGGUCGGCCAAGUACAAGAAUGGCCGCGACAGCAACGACAACGGCCCGACCGAGUCGGCUAUCCACCGGAAGGUGUCGAAGCUGUGGUUCCGCCGAUUCCGGUGGGCCUUUUGCUGUCUGAGGAAGGACGAGUUUGGCCACGAGGCGUUCACGCAGGUGGCAAGUUUGCUGAGCGCGCUGUUCCGGGGGACGGAUUUGGUUCCGUCGGACAUAAUGGCCGGGUGUGUGCUGCUGAGGGUGAGACAGAAGAGGGAAACGCGCGAGAUGCGCCGGAUACGGAUGCUGAACGACGACGGGCCGAGGUAUUCGACGGAUAUCACGCGGGUUUUUGCGACCUCGCCGGCGUGGAUGACGAUUAAGAACGCGAGGCACUUUUUGCGGUUCGCACUGGCCGCGUACGGUUGGCCGAUGGUGUGCUACAUGCACUGCUGCACCGGUCCGUACCGGUUGAUACCGAAGAUGACUUGCUGUGCGUGCUUCCGCCGAAAACCCCAAAUCAUCAUCGAUGACAACUGCUGUCUGUGCCACGUGUCCGGCGUUCGGUACACUUCCCGCAUCCGGAGUGAGGACGUACUGCAUGCUUCUUUCAAGAAUCACGUGUUUGAGCUUCCAUUUUGCGUGCUGGCAGAUCACAGUACCAAGAGCAUCGUCAUUUCAAUUCGAGGUAGUCUGUCAAUGCGGGACGUGUUCACCGAUCUGGUGGCGAACGCCGAGCGAUUCGAAGCUCCCGGAAUGCCACCGGAGUCGUCCGCCCAUCGUGGAAUGGUGGCCGGAGUGGAUUGCAUGCUUAAACGGCUUCGCGAAGGAAACAUGCUCGAGCGAAUCUGCAACAUGUACCCGGAGUACACGUUGGUAUUGACGGGACACAGUCUGGGCGCCGGGGUGGCCAUCCUGUUGGCGGCCAAGCUGCGUAGCCGGUUCCCGGAUCUGCGAGUGUACGCGUUCGCCACUCCAGCUGGUCUGUUGAGUCGGGAAGCUGCUCGGUACACCGAGGGGUACGCGUUCACCAUCGGCGUCGGGGACGAUUUCGUGAUGCGACUGGGGGUGGACUCGAUUGAAAAUCUGCGAACCAGUGUAAUCGAGACGAUACGGGCCUGCAAGCUGCCCAAGUGGCGAAUAAUGUUGAACGGUUUCGGGUACGCCUUGUUUGGUGUACCGUCUCGUGAUUUGGAAACCACGUGGCAUGACGUGACGGAAAUCACGAAAAAGGCCGGGCAGAGUCCGCUGCUCAACGAGCGGCCAAUCCAAACGGUGACUGCAGCGGUAAAUGCUUCACUCUCUUUUGAUUUUAUGUUAUUUUUAAAUGAGAGAUUAUUUCAGGAAAACGGAGUUCUUUCCAGUGAAAUCUCCAAACGGAGAUUCGCCAAAACUCGAUUGUUUACCGGAGGAAGAAUCUUGCACAUUGUGAGGCGCAAAAAGACGGAGCUUGAAAAGAAAACCAACACCGGCGGUCCCACCUUCGAGAUGCGCUGGGCCACCGCCGAGGACUUUAUGGAGCUCAAGGUGAUGCCCCGGAUGCUGCUGGACCACCUGCCGGACAACGUGUUCCGCACGCUGACCAGGAUUCUCGAGGAGCAGAAAACUCACAACGGAUCGAUGCUCUCUUUGCAGGAGAUUUAGAAAGGAAGAAGAAGAAGAAGCGAACAAAAGUGAACCCAACCGAAUAGAUGCCAAAAGUUAGGACAAAAACAGGAACAAAGAAUCGAACGUAACCCUCCAAUUGACAAAAAAUAACUAAAACAGUCCAUGAGUGCCUUAAGGAAACCUGUAAAUCUUGCCGUCUACACAUACAGUUAGGACUAGAAAAGUUGUCGCGUUUAGCUAGUUAAGUGUACUGUUAGCCAAAACCAGAGAAAACCCCUAUCAAAUAGGAAAAUAUUAUUCAUACUUGUCUUCAUCAUAUAGCUAGAGAGAAAAAAAGGUAAACAGUGUUAGAGACUAAACAAAACUUGCUCACUUCCUACUUGUGUAUCGUUAGGAGACAAAAGUAAACUAAACAACAACAAAACACAUAACGAAGGGAUUUCAUCCAAAAAUCGGAAUCAUCCAAUUCCAUUUCCUUUACUGUAAGUGCAACAACAGACACAAAAGCAUUCCAAUUUGAAUCUGAAUAGUUGAUAUUUUUUUUAUUUCGUCCCGGUAAGCAGAUUUUAAUUUAGUUUUUAAGAAGGGAAAGUGCGUUGAGCGAAAGAGCGAAAUGACAGGACAGGAUGGUAUUCAUUCCAAGUAUUGCGCUUUUCCGCAGCUUCGUCUCGAAGGUUGAGAAGCGCUUUUUUUAUUUUAGAAAAAUAGGGGGGAAAUUUUAAUUGAUAUUGAAGGAACGAAAGAUAUACAAGAAGAAGAGGAAGUUAUACACGAGAUGUGGCAGCAAAGCGGUUUUUCCAGAACGUUAAUUUUGGUUGUGAUAUGAAUGCUAUUUAUUAUUUAUAAAAAGCAGCAAAGCAAAUGAAUGUGAACGUUUUUUGUAUAUUCAGUGUUGAGUGGCGUUGAAAUAUAUAGUUUUAUACUAAA